GCGGAAGGGGCGCGGGGACGGCCGGCGGCGGCAGCGGCAGCAGCGGCGGCUGGGGACCGGCUGAAGAAGGCGGCGGUGGCGGCCGCCGCUCCUCCUCCUCCUCUCGCCCGGCUCGGGCCCUGAGGCGGCGGCCGCGAUGGAUUCCUUCGGCGGCGACAGCCCGGGCCCCGACUCGGGCCUCGGCCUCGCCGGCCCCUUCUGGACGGCCGUGUUCGAGUACGAGGCGAGCGCCGAGGACGAGCUGAGCCUGCGGCGCGGCGACGUGCUCGAGGUGCUGUCCACCGACGCGAAGGUGUCGGGCGACGAGGGCUGGUGGACGGGCAAGAUCGGCGAGCGGGUCGGCAUCUUCCCCGCCAACUACGUGAGCCGCCAGCCGGCGCGGCCCAGGAGCGGCCCGGCCGACCAGCAGGUCGGAGCCGUCGAGAUCGAGUUCAGCCAGCUGAGCCUGCAGGAGAUCAUCGGCGUGGGCGGCUUCGGCAAGGUGUACCGCGGCACCUGGCGGGGCCGGCCGGUGGCCGUGAAGGCGGCCCGCCGCGACCCGGACGAGGAGGCCGGAGCUACGGCCGAGAGCGCCCGGCGGGAGGCCCGCCUCUUCGCCAUGCUGCAGCACCGCAACAUCAUCGCGCUGCGCGGCGUCUGCCUGCAGGAGCCCAACCUGUGCCUGGUGAUGGAGUACGCGCAGGGCGGCCCCCUCAACCGGGCGCUGGCCGGCCGCCGCAUCCCGCCCGGCACCCUCGUCAACUGGGCCGUGCAGAUCGCCCGGGGCAUGUGCUACCUGCACGCCGAGGCCAUCGUGCCCAUCAUCCACCGAGACCUCAAGUCCAGCAACAUUUUGUUACUGGAGAAGAUUGAGAAUGAUGACUUAGCUAACAAAACACUGAAGAUCACGGAUUUUGGCUUGGCCAGGGAGUGGCAUAAAACAACAAAAAUGAGUGCUGCAGGAACCUAUGCUUGGAUGGCACCAGAAGUUAUCAAAUCGUCUUUAUUUUCUAAAGGCAGUGAUGUCUGGAGCUAUGGAGUGUUGCUGUGGGAGCUGUUAACAGGAGAAGUCCCUUAUCGUGGGAUCGAUGGUCUUGCCGUGGCUUAUGGAGUCGCAGUCAACAAAUUAACCCUUCCUAUUCCAUCUACGUGUCCUGAACCCUUCACCAAACUAAUGGAAGAGUGCUGGGACCAGGAUCCUCAUAUUCGCCCAUCUUUUGCCACUAUUUUGGAGCAGCUCACUGCUAUUGAGUCGACAGUCAUAACUGAUAUGCCGCAGGAGUCCUUCCAUUCCAUGCAGGAUGACUGGAAGAUGGAAAUCCAACAGAUGUUUAAUGAGCUAAGGACAAAGGAAAAGGAGUUGCGAUCACGGGAGGAGGAGCUGACCAGGGCUGAGUUGCAGCAGAAGUCCCACGAGGAGCUACUGAAACGACGGGAGCAGCAGCUGGUGGAACGGGAAAUCGAUGUGCUGGAGCGCGAGCUGAAUAUUCUUAUCUUCCAGUUGAACCAAGAGAAACCAAAAGUGAAGAAAAGAAAAGGCAAGUUCAGGAAAAACCGGCUAAAGCUAAAAGAUGGAAACCGAAUCAGCUUGCCUUCAGAUUUUCAACACAAGAUCACCGUCCAGGCAUCUCCAACGCUUGACAAGCGGAAAAGCUUGAAUGGCAGCAGCUGCAGUCCGCCAAGCAGCCCCACCAUCAUCCCACGGCUCAGAGCUAUACAGCUUACCCUUGAUGAGAGCAAUAGGACCUGGGGUAAAAGCACAGUCUAUCGGCAGGAGGAUUAUGAAGAAGAAGUGCAGAAAGCCUGCAAGAAGAAAGGGCGGACGUGGGGUCCUAGUUCUAUGCAAACCAAGGAGCGUGCCAGUUGUGAGGAAAGGACAAGGCCUCUGUCAGAUGGGAAUAAUCCAUGGUCUACCAGCUUAUUGAAGUCUCCAACUUUACCUCUGACCUCCGUUUUUGCAAAUGUUGCAGACCAGGGGAUUGCAUCUGAGCAGAAUCAAGCUGCUGAAGACUAUGAGAAUCGACCAAAGCAGUCCAAAUUACCUAAUCAGGUGUAUAUUGAUCUACCUCUUCGUGAAGAUCAGGGAGAGGGAGAUGGGGGCAGCGAAAGCCAGGAAGAGAUGACGACGACACCUAUUAGCUCGACCAACAGCACCCCACAGGUCACUCCUACAAAUAGCCUGAAGAGGGUUGUUCAGAGGAAGAAAACUGACAUGGUUCUGUACGGCUGUGCUGUGCUGCUGGCCUCCGUGGCCUUGGGCUUUGAUGUCCGGGAAGUGAAUAAGUCGGAGGAGAUUGAAGUCAAAGAGGAGAAGAAGAAGAAGGAGGGACUCUUUCAGAGAACCAGCAGGUUCCGCAGAAGCACAAGCCCUCCGAACAGGACAGCCUCCAGGAAGGACGAGGCCAGCAUCCCCUCACUGAACUUGCCUGCCGUCAACCUCUUGUCAAUGUCUUCCAUUUCUGAAUGUAACUCCACCAGGUCCUUGCUCAGGUCGGACAGCGAGGAUGCAUCCAUCUUUAACGUGGCACUUGCUCCUUCAGCCACCAUCCACAAACCAGAAUUCUUGACCGACAAUCCUUCAAACAGCUCUGUCAAUGGGACACACAAGACUCCGGAUAGGUCGCCUUUGUGGGACACUGAGAGUUUGAAAGAGUCUAGUCCAGUGCCUAGAGAGGCAGCUGUUAAACCCACUGGCCAGUUGCCGCCAGAAGGAAGCCCAACCACUAACGGAGUUGCAGACAUCAGUCCAUGCAGAGAGUCCGAGUUCCCGCGUCUUCCAGAUCCCAAGUCCCUGUACCCAACGUCUGCGAGGAGAAGGACUCCCAAAAGGGAUGUGCCGCCUGAGAGACCAAACUCCGGGGACGCUGUACCCAGGCCACGGCCAUCCCUGCCCCAAAUCAGAACGGACCCCUGGCGGUUUGUGUCUCACUCGCUCAUCCAGAAAGACUCCCCAGAUGCCACAGUGCCUACAUUGGACGCACUCCUCGCUGCCGAGCGAUGUCCCCGUUUGCCUUUUGGUGCCUGCUCUCUACUUGACAUGGACGUUGAAGGCCAGUGCCAGGAUGGCACAGUUCCUCUGUGCAGGGGGGAGUCCCAGCCCAGCAGACCCAGUGACUUCAAACUGGAGAGAGAGUUCAUGUUUUAGCACUCACUGCCUUGCAGAUGGGACUACGCCUCGUUCCUUUACUUGCAAGAGCAAUUUCAUGAAUGCGUUGAACCUUGUUUGGAAAGAAAAAAAAUGUGAACAGAAUGUAUAUUUUGUUUUCUCUCGGCAUUUUUCUAUUGUAGACCCUUGUGCUCCCCCCUAAUCACAGCAGAUUUUGGUUGCUAACUCGUGGCUUGGCUCUCUUCAUUAACACCCCCACUUACAGGUCCUGAAUCUGAGCUGGAUGUGAUCUCGGGUAAACUGAUACACAAGUGCUUAUCCCUGCUCUGGCUGUCGGAUUUGAGUGAAGGAGGAUCAAUUCACUCGAUGUGAGAGUGGAAGAACAGUUUUACACUAGCUGGUGGUAUUUUGCACUUUGAAUAUCAGAGUUUAAUCUGUAGUAAUUUUGGGCAGCCUCCAUAUUUAUGGUGAGGGUUUAGACUUGACCAGUUUGCAUUGCACCAUGACCACGAAGAUAUCUAGGGUACAUCCACUUGCUGUUGUAAAGUUUAAUUCUGUCUAGUAGAGUCUAAGCUGUACGUAGAGGCAGUCUCCCUUUUAUUUGUUCACAGGCUCUGGUUGCUGGCCGAUCCAAUUGCUCUUAAGCAUUGGUGGGGGGGGUGGGGAAGGGGUUGGGUGGUCACAUACAGGCCUGACCAGGUAAAGGUGCCAAGUGUUCACAGAGCUGACAAGACGGGCUUUUAUGACAAUCUGGUAGUUUCUCAGUCAAUAUUACUAGCUGCAGUAGUUAAGUUUAUUGAGUUACUUGAAUUCAUAUUCCCUGCUGUUGUACUGGGUACCAGUCCAGAAACAACAUCUCUGCUACCACACUGCACGUGUCUCAGGAGUUUUAGUGCUAUGCAAGUUCAGUAAAAUGAUCAUUCAUUAUCCUUCAUCAACUAAAUGUGCUCCAGAUUUGUGUGUAAAGGAGUGACAUGCAGACACAUAGUCCCGAAGUAUCUCCCUGAUCUUGGGCAGAGGUAAUGGUUAUUGUUGCUGCAGUUGUCUGUAGCACCAGAUGCUGUGCCAAUCUAUUCACCCAGUGGUGGGCCUUGAUAGAACUGAACUGGGAAAUGUGCUGGCUCUCAUAUUGAAACUGCUGAGACCCUGAACAGAACUCCGGAAACCUGGGCAACGGGAUGUAUUUGGAACUUACCUGCCAUCGAGGAAACAAGUAUCUUUCCAGAAAAGGUUGAGAGGAGAAACUUGAGGGAACAAAGGGGAUAUUUCUUGUUGUUCUCUCACAGGGAUACGCUGAUCGUUAUACAGAGCAAACUAUACCACGUAGAAAAGGAAUCAAGAUCUCGCCACUUGAAUGUGGUCUUGGUGUGCAAUUAUUUCUCAGUCUCCAACCUCUCCUAGUGAUUUCAGAAGGCUAUCUUUCAAAUUUCUUAUCUGUGGGAUCAAUAGCUUACAAGUUCUAGAAGAUAAAUUUCAGAAAGUUGUGCCCAAGAAUGCCGCUAAGGAUUUUAUCUUUUAAAAUUUAUGCUGAAUACUGUUCGAACACUGCAAGUAGUGGAACAACUGUUUUAUGGAUCUUCCUUGAUUUUCUUAGAGAGGGGUAAAAAAAAUCAUUGGUUGGGCUUUCUGAAAAGUUUGUUGAUUAUGAGUUGUUUUCCACUUGCCUGCUGCCUUAUUUAUUAAUGUAUCUUUUUAGCUGUUCAGCUCGGUAAGCAUUUUUUAAAUCAAAACAAAUCUGCUGCUAGUUCUCACCAUUUGUGACAAGCCUUUGAGCAAAAAAAAAUCUGUGUGAAGUGUAUUCAUUAUGCUGAAGAUGUGACUUUUACAGAUCUGUCGAUGGUUUUAAACACUGAUUUCUUUCUAGCUGUCACAGAGUUUGACUUUUUAAAAAAUAUGUUCUGACUUGUACUGCAGUGUCCUCAAUGCAUUCCAAUAGCCAUUGGCCUUGCUACUUAUUAUAGAUGCUUCCAGGGUGCAAUUAACUACCACACCUCAAUCAAUUAAGGCUGCAAGCCUUCACGUUUUGUGAUAUUCAUGUUAAUGUGAAACACUUUGGAUAUCAUAACUGUCUAAUUUAUUCGUAAAUAUGACAUUCCACAGGACAUGAAAAGCCAGAAUUAGUAUUUGAAGUUUAGUAUUAUGGAUUUCUGUACACUGAUUUUUUUUAAAGUACUAGAUCUGUAAAAUCAAAAAAUUCUGGGGUAUUGUACUUCAAAAUGCAUAUAUUACUGUUUUUUAAGUUGUGCUUGGGAUUAGCAUAGGGCUUUUACAUCACAGCAGCACAGCCUGAGAGUCCAUAUGGUGCAGUUAAGGCCACUGACAGUUUACUAAUCGGCCAUCGUUUCCUUUUACUUUCUGAUGUGAUUCCAUUAUUCCUGCAGAUGUCCUCAGCUGGUGCAGCCUGUCCAUGGGGUUGAUGUUUGGUGCUAGAGCUCCAGAGAGGGUAUAGUCUUCAAUAGCAGCUGUGUAUAAGAGGCAAAGUUCCUCUUGUUAAAUGGGAAAUGUUCGGGGGGAGAGGACCCUGUAUCCCUGCUGAUUUUGCCUCCUUUUUGUUAUGCAGUCAUUUGCAGCCAGAGUAUUAUUAAAGGGGUUCAGAUAUGUUUUAAAGGGUGUAUUUUUCACAGUCAGAGAAUGUCGUGUUGUUUUAAUCUGUCUGGUAAUUAAACUAAUAUAGAAACUGUUCCGCUUUAAGACCUAUAAUUCAACUGAUUCAUCUUGUCAGUGUUAACAUGUAUUUUAAGAUCUAGCUACAUAUUUUGUCACAUAACUGGAUGUUGGAAUAUCACCUUUUUACCUCUGUUCAAGUACAAAUAGUUUGUUUUAGAAGCUUAAUUAUUGUACAUUCAGUGUGACUGAUUCUUAUCCUUGCUACUGAAAUCAUACGAUAUACUUGUGCAUUGAUUUUUUUUUUGGUAAAAUACGUAAGCUACUGUUCCACUUUAUAAGUCAUCUGUCAAAGGUCUUUUCACUGGAAGAUGCUGCUUUAUAUAUUUGUUUAGUUGUAUUUUUACUGCAGUAUGAGACUUUGAAUAAUAUUUAUGUAAAAUCUUAGGUAUUAAAUAAGAACAUGUUUUAUAUUUUGCCAAGCAGGCUUGGUCCAUGUCAAGUCCCAGGAAAGGAUAAUGGUAGUUCUGUUGGGGAAUCUUGAUAUCAGGGUACUUAUGUUGCUCAGUUUUGUUUCCCUCUUCAAUGUACAGUACCUAUGGUUCAAAAAUCCUUAAUAAACAUUAAAAAAAGAAAUCGUUAUUUUGAUUUCACAAUCAUGUCUUGUAAAAACAAUAAUUGCAGAAACCGGUUCCCUUUGAACAUCUUAGUUUUAAAAACAACACUUUUUGGAAAUGAAGCUUGAUCAGUGCCAGGAUUUACGUGAGGUAAAAUGAUCUCUUGCCUUCUAAUGCAUUCCAUGAAUUAUGAAAGCAUGCCUAAGCUUAUAGACCCCUCAGGCGUAUUCAUUUAAUUAGAUCACAGCCGAUCUGUGCUUCCAAUAACUUGUUGACUAAUAAAACUGAUUAAAGGAGAAACUUUAGAGAAAUUUGGAAGGUAUGAGGAUGGGAGGGGUAUGGAGCCUAUGGUCUGGGUGCAGAGAUUGGGCAAAUCAAAAGUUCAGCACAGGCUAGAUGGUCCGACAGGCCUGCUUCUAAGCUGUAAUGACUAAAACUUCAUCUGAAAUACCUAUGUAUCAAUGGUCAGUCAAAUUUAACUUGAUCCCCAAUAUAUAUGGGGAAAUUGGUCCAUCUUUCCAGUGCUUCUGGGUUGAAAAUGACGUACCGACUUCUUGCUUCCCCUACCCUCCCAGGGCCUUGCUCUGAUUUUAUGAUGUAACACAGUGGGUGCAGUAUUUAAUGUUAAUUGUCUAAAUCUGUGAAUAAGUAGUAUAAAGUAAAUAAUGAAUAACUCUGCGUGUCCAUUUUAAAUUACAUCCCCCCCCCCCCGGUAAUUUUAAUAGAAGUAUUCUUUCUGUUUCAGCAUAAUAAUUUUAGCUCAGUUUUGAAAUGGGCUUCUGUCACUGCGUGAGAGAACAUUGGGUGUGGGUAUAAAUGUUUAAUCCUUGUUGUGUUAACUGCACAUACACUUGGUGGCCGCUUUUAUUAGCUAGCGCCUGUACCUAAUAAGGUGGCCACUUGAGUGUAUGGUCACGGUCUCCUGCCUGCUGUAGCCCUUCCACUUCAACAUUCAAUGUGCUGUGCGUUCAGAACUGGUCUUCUACCCAUAGAACUGCUACUCACUGGAUACUUGUGUUUCACACCACUCUCUGUAAACUCUGGAGACUGCUGUGUGUGAAAUCCCAGGAGAUCAGCAGUUUCUGAGAUACUCAGACCACCCUGUCUGGCACCAGCACUCAUUGCAUGGUCAAAGAUGAUAUUUCUCCCCCAUCCUGAUAUUUAGUCUGAACGACACAUGAACCUCAAGGCCAUGUCUACCUACUUUUAUGCAGGGAGUUGUUGCCACAUCAUUGACUGAUUAGAUAUCUGCAUUGAUGAGCACUAAAGUGACCACUAAGGGUAGGUAAGAUACCCAUGAACUUUAUACCCCAGCAAGGGGUGGUGCCUAAGUGAGACUACUUUUACGUUUAAUACUUGAAUAAUUUUCUUUCUCCAUCAUCAGAGAAUGGUACAGCACGAAAACAGGCCCUUUGGAAACUAGUCCAUACCAAGCCCAGUCCCAUCAACCUGCACCAUGCCCCACCCAUCCAUGUACCUAUCUAAAUUUGAAAUCAAACCCACUUGCACUGGCAGCCUGUUCCACUUAAAGGUCCAUUGAAUUUCUAUCUAUUCCCUCGCCUCCCAUCAAGGCAUAGACAUUAUAGUUAUUCUAUCAAUAUUUCCAUUACACAUGUUCAGUUAAAAUAUAUUAUCACAAUAAGGAAUCCUUAUGUCGUCCGUACUCAGCUUUCAAGUUGGGUGAUACGUGAGAAGUUUGUGGUUUAAGCAAAACAAAACCUUCCUCAAUUCCCCACUCUGACCUUUCACUUACCCCUGGGUCCCCUCUUCCUUCUACUUUCCUCUGCUAUCAGAUUCCUUCUUCUCCAGCCCUUGACCUUUCCCACUCACCUAGCUUCACCUAUCAUCUUCCAGAUAUACCCCUUCCUCUCCCCCACCUUUUCACUCUGGCACCUUCCCCUUUCCUUCUCAACCUGAGAUGUUGACUGUUCAUUCAUUUCCAUAGAUGCUGCCUGACCAGCUGAGUUCCUCCAGCAUUUUGCAUGUUUGUGGCUCUGGUUUUCCAGCAUCUGCUGAAUCUCUUGUGCUUUAUGACAUUAUCCUAUUGACAGAGGGAGUAGAAGAUGUUACUCUAACUGUAAACACUUUAAAUCUUGGACCUGGUAUUGACUUGUAGGUGCUGGAUAGAGGAAAGCAGGUUCAAGCAUAUUUUCGCCUUCCGAGUUAGAGACACUAUCUGAGACAAUCAUGGCAAGCUGAAAUUGUUUGUUUUAUUCUGCACUGAUAGUGGGAAAGCCUUCACCACAGUGGACUAUUCACUCCUGCAUCCAUGCCAAUACAUAAAAGGGUUUUAAUGUAAUCCAGUUUAACAUCCUCCAUCCUUGAAUCUUGUAGGUUACAGAAGCUCAGAUAUUAAAUGCAUUGUGGAUACAGCAUUCAGCAUACCAUAGAGAAAGGAGUCAUAAAUGCUGUCCUAACUAUUGACUGCAUCUGGUUAUUGACCUCCGAUGGGGAAAGGAUUCAUUCUGGCUGGGAUAUUUACAAUUUUGACAUUUCAAUUAAACCUCCUCCUGGACUCCUUUGUUGCAGUGAGAAUAACCAGUUAGACCACUCACUUCCUCUCCCUUACCUAAAAUUCUUCAGCCCUGAAAGUAUCUUCGUAAAUCUGAUCUUAAAAAUCUGUCCAGCUGUAACAUAACUGCCAGGGACUGCUUCUAUCCCAAUGAGACGUUAAGUUUGAUUGUAUCUAUUUUGAACAGUACACAGAUUUUGUAAACAUUCUUGUCACUUGAGGUAUUUCUUCAAAAUUAACUUAUUACCAGAAGCCUAGCAAUGUUUCAUACUCUACAAAGUGUGCCUCAUAACUACAGCAAUGCCCACAGUUCAAAAGAACUUCAUCCUAAAAAUAAUGUGCAAGUCACCACAUAGAUUCAUCUCCACUUUUUCUCGGCUCCUUUCUUUAAACAGCUGGCUCCUUAAAAUGCCUACUCAUAAUCAGCAAUUGUUUUAUUACAACUGGAAGCUUGAUUGGAUAGUGUCAUGGUUAGCACGAUGCUAUUAUAGCUUGGGACAUCGAAGUUCAGAGUUCAAUUCCGUCGCCAUCUGUUAAAAGCUUAUAUGUUCUUACCAUGAGCUUAUGGGUUUUCUCUGGGUGCUCCGGUUUCCUCCCACAGUCCAAAGACGUACCAGUUAGUAGGUUAAUUGGUCAUUGUAAAUUGUCCCUUAUUUCGGCCUUCUCUAGGGGGUUACUGGGUGGUGAGGCUUGAAGGGCAGGAGGACCUGUUCUGAGCUGUACCUCCUAAUAAAUAAAUAAAUCUGAAAACCUGGUCUAUUAUGCAAUGGUAUCUGGGUAACUCCCUCCUCAGAGUGCAUUAGUGUAAUGUAGUUUUACAGUUAUUGUUUUGAAAUUAGCACAGUGUGGCUAGAUGGUCUUAUCCCUUUCAAGCUGCAUUGAUAACAAGCAGCAUCUAUUAUCAAUAGUGAUAUGAAACCUAUUCAAGCAACUUGAAUCAAAUCUGAUUCAUGCAUAUAGAACUUGGUUCCUAAUUUAUCCAACCUUUCAUUAAGCCAAUCCACUAAAUGUAAAGCUAUGACCCAUGGAGGGAGAUGGCAUCUUUUCUACAGGGGUAGUGCUGUGCAUAACUAAAAUUUGGACCUAGUAGCUUACCCCCUGUUAAAUUAUUGUUUUUUUAGAUCAGAGAUGAGGAGGAAUUUCUUUAGCCAGAUAGUGGUGAACCCGUGGACUCCAUUGCCACAGAUAUCUAGGAAGGGCAAGUCAUUGAGUAUAUUUAAAGCAGAGUUUGAUCGGUUCUUGAUUUGUAAGGGCAUCAAAGAUUACAAGAAGAAGACAGGAGAAUGGAGUUGAGAAGAAUAAUAAAUUAGCCAUGAUUGGAGCAGACUUGAUCAGCUGAGUGGCCUAAUUCUGUUCCUGUGUCUUAUUUAUAAUUCUCUUCUGAACAAUAAGCAGCCUCAAGUACCUUUUUGAUUUCUCCUUUCUAUCCAGAAAUGUGUGACUAUAGGGAAGACCUUGCAUCUUUCCAUAACAAAAGUGGAAAGUAUUCAGAUAGGCUCUUUAAUUUCUCAUCCCUGCUACCUUUUAAAGAAAAUAAAAGGAACGGACAGGCCAUUCAGCUCAUGAUAGGCUGAUCUUGAUGGCAAUUGAUAUGAAAUGUCCUGCUGUGUAUCAUCCAUUUUCCUCCAGUAUUGGUGUGUCUUUCUAAAAGUCUCUUAAACUUCAGGGUGGUACUGUAUUGUAGAGCAACACUAUUGGUCACAUGGUGUAAUUGGGUGGCACAGGCUCGUUUGACCAGAAGAGCCUGUUAUAUCAAACAAACUCCUCCAGUAAGCCUGCUUCCAGAACUUACCCCUAUUCCAGGCACCUACCACUCAGUUUUACAAAAACUUCCCACUCACGUCACCUUUAAACUUCCUCCUGUAACCUUAAGAGCAUAUACUCUGGUGUGACAUUUCUACCCCAGGCCAAAGGUUCUGAUUUUCUACCCUAUGCAUGCUUCUCAUAAUAUUAAAUUUCAUACAAUGACUAAGCAUUAUUAUGGCUAAUGUGAGGGUAUUUGUAGGAAAGUAUAGGAGAGGAUGUAAAAGGCAGAUUGUUUUUGACACAGAGUGGUGGGUGCAUGGAAUGUGCAGCCAGAGCUGGUGGUAGAGGCAGAUACAUUAGGGACAUUUAAGAGACUCUUAGAGAAGCAGAUGGAUGAUGGAAAAAUGGAGGGCUAUGUGGGUUUGGUUGAUCUUAGAGUAGGUUAAAAGCCCGGCACUGUGGGCCGAAGGGACUGUACGGUGGUGUACUGUUCAAAUAAAGAAUGCCCCGUCGGUAUGCAUUACUCAUUUGCUAAUUGCUAACGUCAGUUUUCCUUCUGCUUCCUCAUCUGUUAUGCUGAGUAAACAAAAUUUUUUUUUACAGAAUCAAAGUAUUAUGCCAGUUUUCAUUUCCACAGGAACUGUCAAACUGCUCCAGGUGUUUGUCCUUCCUGGUGUAGGACUGUUAUGUGAAAGUCUGAUGUGUAAAUCACCUUAUUUCUGUGCCUUAAGGUCUAUUUUAACAGUGGGUCAGAGCAAAGAGCCAGCAGAUGUUGGAAUGGAUUGAAACCUUCCACAUAAAGUCUUGAUGACCACAAUCCUAAUAAAAUAGACCAAGCUUUAGAAUAUACUCUUUUUUGACGCUGUGUUUGCCACCAUGUUAUGUGCAUGUUCUAACCAAGUUAAAACUUCACAUUCCAAAAAUGUAAGAUGCUGAAAAAGCAAAAACAACCUGCAAAGUAUUUUGGUUGAACAACCUGUGACGUCUGGGUUACAAAUCACUCCUCAUUAUAAAACCUUGGUGUGGUCAAGAUACCUGCACAUGUUUUGCCUGAAAAUGGGAAGCUGUUUAAAUUAUGAGGGGAAUAUUGUGUCUCAAUUGGAUCCUGUAAACCGAGAUAGAGUGGAUGUAAUUGGGCGGUGUGCUCUGAUUGUCAGUUUCACUUGUGCUGUGGGUCAGAGGUGGCUACAUUACAGCUCGAAUUACACGUGCUGCCUGGAAGUGAAUGAACAUGGUACAAAUUGACAACGCAAUGUUGCUACUACUGAAUAUUACUCCUGUAGUUAUAAUUUUUUAAAAUUUUGUAUUUGACACUCAGUACUGUCAAAGAAAUCACUGGAUCACUUUCUAUUUGUAUGUGAUAAUUUUGCUAGCUGGCUCUUUUGAUCAACAUCAGAUGUAUAUCAGUUUUAAUAAAACCCCAAUUUUUCAGUAAA